UUUGAACUUUUGAUUUGUGGUGUUCAUCUGUCAGGCCCCUCCAGUUUUGUCAUCCCUUGUUUCAAAGAAAGAUCAAGAGGGAGCUGGAUCUGCUGGAAUGAAUUCCCUGAGAGCAUUUGCACUUCUUGGAGCAGGUGUAUCGGGGCUUUUGAGCUUCACAACGAUAGCAGCUGCUGAUGAGGCUGAACAUGGUCUACCUUGUCCAAACUAUCCUUGGCCUCACGAAGGCAUUCUUAGUUCAUAUGACCAUGCUUCGAUCCGUCGUGGUCACCAAGUUUACCAGCAAGUCUGUGCUUCUUGUCAUUCAAUGUCCCUGAUUUCAUAUCGUGACUUGGUGGGUGUGGCAUAUACUGAGGAGGAAACAAAGGCUAUGGCAGCUGAGAUUGAGGUCGUUGAUGGGCCUAAUGAUGAGGGUGAAAUGUUUACUCGGCCUGGUAAACUGAGUGAUCGUUUUCCGCAGCCAUAUCCAAAUGAACAAGCUGCUAGGUUUGCUAAUGGAGGGGCCUAUCCUCCAGAUUUAAGUCUUAUCACCAAAGCUCGUCACAAUGGUCAGAACUAUGUAUUUGCUCUUCUAACUGGUUACCAUGAUCCUCCUGCUGGUGUUUCAAUCCGAGAAGGGUUGCAUUAUAAUCCUUACUUUCCUGGGGGAGCCAUUGCUAUGCCUAAAAUGCUUAUCGAUGGUGCUGUUGAGUAUGAAGAUGGUACCCUUGCAACGGAAUCUCAGAUGGGAAAAGAUGUUGUGACAUUUUUGUCAUGGGCUGCAGAACCAGAAAUGGAAGAGAGAAAACUGAUGGGGUUCAAGUGGAUAUUUGUACUGUCAUUGGCAUUGCUUCAAGCUGCUUAUUACAGGCGCAUGAGGUGGUCUGUUCUCAAGUCUCGUAAGUUGGUGCUCGAUGUCGUCAACUAGAUAUAUCCUCUUGUGGGAGGACUUGAAUUGGCAAUAAUUAUAAUUAUUUUAUAAAGCCAAUUAUGUUUUUCUGCUGUGAAGAAUUUGUUCAACUUGUCCAUUGGUAAUGUGGGUGACCCAAAGAGUUAAGUUUUCAAUUCAGGGAGAAAUAAGCGACUCGUAUAAACAUGUGUUGUUCUUUUGGAAUUUUGAACUAGUUUAGAAUAGUUGUUGAAUGCAAAAUUUUCCUGGAUAGCUUCCAGUAUGUAUUUGGUUGAUCCUAUCAUUUUCAGAUUGAUCAUUGUUGUGGUUGGUGGUGGUGAAAAUAAGAGUGGAGCUUUGAACAAUGUCCAUGAAUUGAGUUGCUGUGUGUGUGCAAGUGAAGUCCUCUUGGCCUUGUUUGAAACAGUACCACAUUCUUUCUCUUGGGGA